AACCAAGUACAAAUACUUAUGCAACACAUUUUAACAUACGUAGUGAAAAAUAAGUAAUUUACCUAAACAUAACCUCACUUUUACAAUGGAAUCUCAAUUUGUCACAGAAUUCAAAAGAAACUGGGUAAUAUACAUUUUUGGUAUCAUCAUCAGUUUAGCUGGGACUUUUAUUAUUAUCUGGAACGAAGGCCGUGCUGUAAAAGUCGCAAAAUCCUUAGAAGACGCCCUAAAUGCCUGUGUGACUUUAAACGACAAAGGCCCCAUACCUCUAUGGGAAUUCGAAGGCGACUUAGUACACUUAUCAGGUCCUUUACAAAUAAACGAGCCUCUUACAGAACCCGAUUACAACAUCGAAGUCUCUGCUGUUAAACUCAAAAGACGUGUACAAAUGUACCAAUGGAUCGAGGAGAAAAUCGAACAUGCACAGGGCGAAGACACUGUCAUGUCCAGAGUCGAUACUGAUUAUUAUUAUAAUAAAGAAUGGCGUGAUAGGAUAGUAGAUUCAGAUCAGUUUUAUUUUAGGUCCACGCAUGUUAACCCUAAAGACUUCCCGGUUAAGACGCAUAUAUAUGUGUCUGAGCAUGUUAAAAUCGGGGCUUUACAAUUAGGGGAUGUUGCCAAAAAUAAGUUUAAUAAGUUUGUAGAGGUUACAUCGGAUGAAAGACCGGAGCGCCCUGAUAUCAAACUACACUCCGGUAUGUACUACCAUUGUUUUAACAUAUUUUACCCUGAAAUCGGGGAUAUACGGAUACAAUUCUCAUACGCUGGUUUAUCCGGAGACGUUUAUACUAUCAUCGGGCAACAAGUCAAUAACGAAAUAAAACCCUUCAAAACCUCAAACGGCUUAGAAGUCCUUCUACUAUUCCCCGGAGACCUUUCUAUACAACAAGCCUUCACCAAAGAACACUCAGAAAUACUAGAGACCUGGGGCUUCCGUGCAGCCGGUUGGUUCCUAUUAUUCUGUUCCACGACGUGUUUAAUGAAUUUGAUUAAUUUGUUUUUGGAAAGGUCUCCGGUGUCGGCGAGUUUGACUUUAAGUUUGUCGGGGGCUUUGCUGAUUACGGCCCUGGCUUGGGUUUGUCACAGGCCCGUUAUGGGGGCCAGUUUGGCUGCCGCUUCUGUGUCUCCGUUUUUUUAUUAUGCUGUUGCUUUGUAUAAUGCUUAUCAAGGGAAUAAUUAUCAUAGGAUGUGA